GCGAGAACGGGAGAGAAAGGGGCAGAAAUGGCGGCUCCGCUCGGCUCCCGCUGAGGAGGGCGAAGCCGGCAGAGAGUCUGAGCCGUCGGCCCGGAGCAUCGCUCCCGUCUCCCGCUACCUGUCUUCGCACGCCGACUUCUCUUCCUCUGCCCUGCUCUCGCCUGUCUUCGUCUGCGCUCCUCUGAGUCUGGUUCGGCUUGUCUUUCCCGGCCCGGCUCCACUGGCCCUGACUGCCCGGCCAGCGGGCCGGCCUUCCUUGGGUCUCCCCGGCGCGGCGGGCGCCGCGGGCGCGGCGUGGACCCCGUCCUCCUGGCUGGACCAUGGUGAACACCCGGAAGAGCUCUCUGCGCCUUCUCGGAUCUAAGUCGCCUGGGCCUGGGCCUGGGCCUGGGGCCGGAGUAGAGUCCGGGGCGACCGGAGGCAGCAGCCAUUUCAUCUCCUCUCGGACCCGCUCCUCCAAGACCCGUGCUGCCAGCUGCCCCGCCGCCAAGGCCGGGGGAAGCGGCGGCGCCGGCGUCGCUCUGGAUGAGGCCCGGAAAGCUGAAGCUGAUGGUACUUUAAGUGAUAGCCACGUGUCUCCUCCAGCCAAACGCACUUUGAAACAACCUGACUCUGUUUGCAAAGACAAAUCAAAAUCACGAACUACUGGUCAGCGAGAAGAAUGGAACAUAUCAAGUGGACAGGCCAGGUUAACUUCUCAGCCUGGUGCUACAUUACCAAACGGACAUAGUAGCUUAUCCCUUCGAAGCCAUCCCCAUCGAGGGGAAAAGAAAGGAGAUGGGGACCUUUCUUGUAUAAGUGGUGACAUGGAAGUCAGAAAAAGCUGUCGUUCCAGGAAAAACAGAUUUGAAAGUGUGAACCAGAGUUUGUUAUUUGAUCAACUGGUAAAUAGUACUGCUGAAGCUGUACUACAGGAAAUGGACAACAUAAACAUUAGACGGAAUCGUCGAUCAGGAGAAGUAGAACGGCUUCGAAUGUGGACAGAUACAGAAUUUGAAAACAUGGAUAUGUAUUCAAGAGUGAAAAGGCGAAGAAAGUCACUGAGAAGAAAUAGUUAUGGGAUACAAAAUCAUCAUGAAGUCUCUACUGAGGGUGAAGAAGAAGAAUCUCAAGAGGAAGAUGGAGAUAUAGAGGCUGAAGAGGCAGAAGGAGAAGAAAAUGAUAGGCCAUAUAAUCUGAGACAAAGAAAAACAGUGGAUCGAUACCAAGCACCUCCAAUAGUACCAGCUCAUCAAAAAAAGAGGGAAAAUACCCUUUUUGAUAUUCACAGAUCUCCAGCAAGAAGAAGUCAUAUCAGGAGAAAGAAGCAUGCUAUUCACAGUAGUGACACAACUUCUUCUGAUGAAGAACGAUUUGAAAGAAGAAAAUCAAAGAGCAUGGCAAGAGCCAGAAAUCGGUGUUUGCCUAUGAACUUAAGAGCAGAAGAUUUGGCUAGUGGUAUUCUCCGAGAACGUGUUAAAGUGGGUGCAAGCUUGGCUGAUGUUGAUCCAAUGAAUAUUGAUAAGUCAGUGCGGUUUGAUAGCAUAGGUGGAUUGAGUCAUCAUAUUCAUGCACUAAAGGAAAUGGUAGUAUUCCCACUUUUAUAUCCAGAAAUUUUUGAAAAAUUUAAAAUUCAGCCUCCAAGAGGCUGUUUGUUUUAUGGUCCUCCUGGCACAGGUAAAACCUUGGUCGCCAGAGCAUUAGCUAACGAGUGCAGUCAGGGAGACAAAAAGGUGGCUUUUUUUAUGCGAAAAGGAGCAGAUUGUCUGAGUAAGUGGGUUGGCGAAUCUGAGCGGCAGCUUAGGCUUCUUUUUGAUCAGGCAUAUUUGAUGAGACCUUCUAUAAUAUUUUUUGAUGAAAUAGAUGGAUUAGCUCCAGUUCGCUCUAGCAGGCAAGAUCAGAUCCACAGCUCUAUAGUGUCAACCCUCCUUGCUCUUAUGGAUGGAUUAGACAAUAGGGGUGAAAUUGUUGUUAUUGGUGCUACAAAUAGACUUGAUUCUAUAGAUCCUGCUCUUAGGAGACCUGGUCGUUUUGACAGAGAAUUUCUUUUCAACCUUCCGGAUCAAAAGGCAAGAAAACACAUUUUACAGAUCCAUACCAGGGACUGGAAUCCAAAAUUGUCAGAUGCUUUUUUAGGUGAAUUGGCCGAAAAAUGUGUUGGCUAUUGCGGAGCUGAUAUUAAGGCCCUGUGCACUGAAGCUGCCCUGAUUGCCCUGCGGAGGCGUUAUCCCCAGAUCUAUGCUAGCAGUCAUAAACUGCAGCUAGAUGUUUCCUCAAUCGUGCUCAAUGCCCAAGAUUUUUACCAUGCAAUGCAGAAUAUUGUGCCUGCUUCCCAGCGUGCUGUCAUGUCUUCGGGACAUGCACUGUCUCCCAUCAUAAAACCACUGCUGGAAAGAAGCUUCAACAACAUCCUAGCUGUCCUGCAAAAAGUGUUUCCUCAUGCUGAGAUUAGCCAGAGUGACAAGAAAGAAGAUAUAGAAACUUUGAUUUUAGAUGACAGUGAAGAUGAGAAUGCUUUAUCAAUUUUCGAGACAAGUUGUCACUCAGGAUCACCAAAGAAACAGUCAUCAGCUGCUGCUGUACAUAAACCUUACCUUCAUUUUACAAUGUCACCAUAUCAUCAGCCAACCUCUUACAGGCCAAGAUUAUUGCUGUCUGGAGAACGAGGCUCAGGUCAAACUUCUCACCUUGCUCCAGCACUUUUGCACACUCUAGAAAAGUUCUCUGUGCAUAGACUAGAUCUCCCAGCACUUUAUUCAGUUAGUGCCAAAACACCUGAAGAGUCAUGUGCACAGAUUUUUCGUGAAGCUCGAAGAACAGUACCUAGUAUUGUUUACAUGCCUCACAUUGGUGAUUGGUGGGAAGCUGUCAGUGAAACUGUGAGAGCAACUUUUCUGACUCUGCUACAAGAUAUACCGUCAUUUUCACCCAUAUUUCUGUUGUCUACCUCUGAAACCAUGUACAGUGAACUGCCUGAAGAGGUUAAAUGUAUCUUUAGAAUACAGUACGAAGAGGUCUUGUAUAUUCAAAGGCCUAUUGAAGAGGACAGAAGAAAAUUUUUCCAAGAACUGAUUCUCAAUCAGGCCUCAAUGGCUCCACCACGAAGGAAACACACUGGUCUUUGUGCAAUGGAGGUACUUCCACUUGCAUUACCUUCUCCACCUCGUCAGUUAUCAGAAUCAGAGAAAAUUCGGAUGGAGGACCAAGAGGAAAAUACUUUAAGAGAGUUGCGGUUGUUUCUCAGGGAUGUAACCAAGAGGCUGGCGACAGAUAAACGCUUUAACAUCUUCAGCAAACCGGUGGAUAUUGAAGAGGUUUCAGAUUAUCUUGAAGUAAUCAAGGAACCAAUGGACUUAUCAACAGUAAUAACUAAAAUUGAUAAGCAUAAUUACCUGACUGCUAAGGAUUUCCUAAAAGAUAUUGACCUCAUCUGUAGCAAUGCUUUGGAGUACAACCCAGAUAAGGAUCCAGGAGACAAAAUAAUUAGGCACAGGGCUUGUACUCUGAAGGAUACUGCACAUGCCAUCAUUGCAGCUGAGUUGGAUCCAGAAUUUAAUAAACUCUGUGAAGAAAUUAAGGAAGCAAGAAUAAAAAGAGGCUUAUCGGUAACAGUAGAACAAAUAAAUCCUCAUGGUACUGGAGCUCGAAAGACAGAAACUAGAGUUGAAGAGGCAUUUCGGCACAAACAAAGAAAUCCAAUGGAUGUCUGGCACAGUUCUACAAAUAAAUGUGCAUUUCGAGUUCGGAGAAAAUCACGGCGGCGAUCACAGUGGGGUAAAGGAAUUAUUAAGAAAAGGAAAGUCAAUAAUUUAAAAAAAGAUGAAGAGGACACCAAAUUUACUGACUAUGAGAAUCAUAUGGAGGACAGGAAAUUACUAGAAAAUGGAGAGUUUGAGGUAAGCACUGACUGCCAUGAAGAAAAUGGAGAAGAGACUGGAGACUUAUCUAUGACCAAUGAUGAAUCAUCCUGUGACAUUAUGGACAUGGACCAGGGGCAGAGGCUUAACAAUGGAGCAAGCACAAAAGAGAACUUUGCAUCUACCGAAGAGGAAAGUUCAAAUGAGUCUCUACUCAUCAACAGCAGCAAUUCUCUAAAUCCAGAACAGACGUCUCAGAAAGAGCCUUUCCUUAAAGGAGGCUGUCUAAAUGGUGAGGCCUCCACAGACAGUUUUGAAGGAAUACCAGUUCUGGAGUGUCAGAAUGGCAAAGCUGAAGUAGUUUCUUGCUGUGGCAGUGGAUAUAAAUGUAGUUCUGAACAAAAGACUCUCCUGGAGGACCAGUCAAAAGAAAAACCAGAAACUUCAAAUGAAAAUCAUGGAGAUGAUCCUGAGAAACUAGAGGCACUGGAAUGUAGCACUAAUGAGAAGUUAGAGCCUGGUCCUGAUGUGGAGGUUAAAGAUGCAGAACUGGAUAAAGAAGGUGCUUCUAAAGUAAAGAAAUAUCGUAAGUUAAUUUUAGAACAGGCAAAAACAACAAGCCUGGAACUGGUUCCAGAAGAGCCAUCUGAGCCUGUGCCGCCUCUUAUAGUUGAUCAUGAGAGAUUGAAGAAAUUGCUUGAUUUGUUGGUAGAUAAAAGCAACAAUCUGGCAGUUGAUCAACUUGAGAGAUUAUAUUCUCUUCUUAGUCAGUGCAUCUACCGUCACCGUAAAGAUUAUGACAAAUCACAACUUAUAGAGGAGAUGGAAAGAACAGUUCAUAUGUUUGAGACAUUCCUAUGAACCUUUCAAGAAGAGUGGUUUAUCCCCUCCAAUCUGCUCCUGACAGAGCAGUCUUCUGAGCCAUUCAAUUUCAAAUUGCACCAAUUAACGUGCAGAGCCUUGGCAUAAAGUGCUCUCUCACUCAUUCUCUCUCUGUUGAAUUUGGUGCUAUUGUCUCAGGUACCUGAAACCAACCAGCCUACAAGAACCAAACAGAACUUCAGAAACAUGUUGUAUUUUCCACAAAUAAAAAAUACAACCCCACAGAUUGGAGAUUUUGGUGCUACAGAAACUGCUCUCACUUCUGCUCCUCUUUUUGUGCACUCUUUUUUGGAGACUUCUCUCUUAGGGAGCAGACCAGCAAAUUUGAGGAAACUGGAUGGGGCAGUUCUUACUGUGUUGAAUUGUUUAAAAAAUGGGCAACCUGUUCCUUUCCCUCUCCUUUCUACCCCUUUUAUCAUAUUUGUUUUAUUUUUUUCUCUGGGUAAUGGACUAAAGCCUGUUUUGAAAUUGGUAUAUUCUGGUGGGAAACUGAAAAAACUGGAUGAAAUUAGAUUAGGCUCUUUAGAACUGCCUUUAAUGUGCCUUUUUAUUCAUUUGAGAAAGGAUAAGGCUAAACACAAGGUUGGGCUUGUUUGUAGCAAAUGAAUUAGAAUGUUUUCUUUGGUCACAACCCUGAAAAUAAGUUUUGAUACUCUGUAUCAUUAAGAGGCAGCCAGUGAUUUGGUAUAAAAUGCCUAUCUUGCUUUUAAAACUCAAU